UAACCCAGAGUUGGCACCCUUUCUCUUUCCCGUGCUUUUCACCCACUGCAACGGUCACGCGCCACCCGCUCUUCAUUCAGAAAUCCACCGUCCGAUCAGAAAACUCCGCUCCUCACCACUAUUUCAUUGAUAUCGAAUGGCUUUUUAUUUGAGAAAUUCCAGGAAAUCUUCCCUGUCAAAUUUCCCGCGAAGUACCGCAAACAAUGACCUGCCCUUCCUUAGAAGUAUCGAACUACUCUCUCAAAAUCACCAAAGAAACCAAGUGGUACGAAGAGGAGGAAUUGAAGGGAAGCAAAUUCGAGGUAGCACUCUACCCGUUCCUUCUUUGUUCGAUUAUUUUACAGAGAAAAUUUUACAAUGUAUUCAUUUUCAAGUUCCAUACUUUUUGUUAUACCCUUCUCGGCUCUUUCCUUUUCAAAGACAAUUGCUAUUAAUCCCCCAGAAAAAUCUGAAAUUCCCUUCCAAUUCCAGUUCUUUAUUGUAUGACCUAUAUAAAUUCAGGCCCUUCUCUAGCGUUCCGUUUGGGGAUUUAAUGCGUUCUGAUUCUGAAGCCGAGAGUGGUGAUGAAAGUGAAUUGAAUGUUGUUGAAGAUGCGCAAUCAAAGGCUGAUCAAAAGGAGGUGGAGAGUGUGUGUAAACUGAUUGAUGAAACAUUUGGGAUGGAUCGGAAUAUGGAGGUAGUUUUAGAUGAAUGUGGGUUGAAUUUGAGUCAUGAUUUUGUGGUUGACGUGUUGGAGAGAUUUAAGCAUGCCUGGAAACCUGCUUUUCGGUUUUUCUGCUGGGCUGCUCAGAGGUCUGGAUUUGAUCAUGAUUCAAGGACUUACAAUGCAAUGAUGACUAUUCUUGGAAAGACUAGGCAGUUUGAAACGAUGGUGUCGGUUCUUGAAGAAAUGGGUGAGAAGGGUUUGCUCACCAUGGAAACUUUUAUUAUAGCCAUAAGAGCAUUUGCCGCUGCAAAAGAGAGAAAAAAGGCUGUGGGGAUUUUUGACUUGAUGAAGAAGUAUAGGUUCAAAAUUGGGGUAGAGACGAUCAACUGUUUGCUGGAUGCAUUAGGAAGGAAGAAGCUUGGAAAGGAAGCGAAGGCUUUGUUCGAGAAGUUGGAGCAUAGGUUCACGCCUAAUUUGAGAACUUAUAGUGUUUUGCUCAACGGUUGGUGCAGGAUGAAGAAUUUGAUGGAGGCUGGGAAGACCUGGAAUGCAAUGAUUGAUAAGGGUUUUAAGCCAGACAUUGUUGCCCAUAACACAAUGCUUGAGGGGUUGUUGAGAGGUAAAAAAUGGUCUGAUGCAAUCAAGCUUUUCGAGGUGAUGAAGGCCAAAGGUCCAUUUCCCAACAGAAGAAGCUAUACGAUCUUGAUCAAGGACUUGUGCAAACAUGGAAAAAUGAAGGAAGCAGUAGAUUACUUGGAUGAAAUGCUUGGUUCUGGAUGUGAGCCAGAUGGUGCAGUAUACACUUGUUUGAUGACCGGGUUUGGGAAUCAAAAGAAGAUGGAUAUGGUGUAUGAGUUGUUGAAGGAGAUGAAUGAGAAAGGAUGCCCACCUGAUGCCAGGACUUAUAAUGCUCUGAUCAAAAUGAUGACAAAUGGGAAGAUGCCAGAUAAUGCGGUCAGGAUAUAUAAGAAGAUGAUCCAGAACGAUAUCCAGCCGAGUAUCCACACUUACAAUAUGAUAAUGAAAUCUUGCUUCGUCACGAAAAACUAUGAUAUGGGCUGUGCAUUUUGGGAAGAGAUGAAGAGCAAGGGCUGUUGUCCUGAUGAGAACUCUUACACAGUUUUCAUUGGAGGGCUUAUAAGGCAGGGAAGAUCUAUUGAGGCUUGUAAGUAUCUAGAAGAAAUGAUUCAGAAAGGAAUGAGGGCACCUCAGCUUGAUUACAAUAAGUUCAUAGCUGAUUUUUCCCGGGCUGGUAAAUCUGAUAUAAUGGAGGAGUUGGCUCAAAAGAUGAAGUUUUCUGGAAAGUUCGAGGUUGCUAAUAUCUUUGCAAGGUGGGCUGAGAUGAUGAAGAGAAGAGUCAAGAGUAGAGAUGCCCCUAACAGCUGACGGAAUGUCUGCCAGAAUCACUUACUUGGGCAAACUAUGAAGUCAUUGUAAAGGUUUCUUGGUAACAUAAUUACUUUAUUUAACAUAUAUUCAUAAUCUUAUUUUUAAAGAGAACCCAUAUCAUCUAUUGUCGUGCAAAAGAUGGAUCGAAAUGUGAUUAAAUGCUCUGGCUUAAGAUGUAAAUGAGCUGCUCGAGUCAGUCCACACAGUUGCGUCAUCAUCAGCUGCUCUUCUCUCAACCAAUCUAAUCAUCCGGGAUCGAAAGGCGAAUGGGUAGAUCCAAUAUAUCUCUGUACUCGCAUACUAUCAUAUUGGGAUGUCCUAACCAUGAGAAAUGUUUGGUUGACGAGCGGAAAAAUGCCGGCAGCUGGUGGGAGAAGAGCAUUCUUCAAGAAGCCGGACAGAGAGAUUUACAUUCAUUAAUUGCUUUGACACGAGGUAUGGAACCAUAGCAUGCAUAUUCAAGGAGAUGAUAAAGCUAUAUUUGUACUACGUCAGAGCAGUCCAUGCUGAGAAUGUAAGAGGUCAAGUAUUUGAAAAGGCAUUGUUGGAUAAGUUUUCAAAGGGUCAGAAUAUGGAUCAGGCGAUGACGGGCGCGCGUGAAGAAGGAAACGCGGCCGCGAAAAGGGCAUCCCGGCAAGCAAAGCAUGUGAUGGGGCCGAUAGUGGCUUCGGGAUGGGAUUUGUUUGAGACACUGUAUGUUGGGGGGUCUCUGGCAGAGGGACUGGUUAGGAGUGGUGGAACAUUUAUCGGUGCCUUCGCCGGAGGACUAGCCGGGGAAGGGAAGAUUGGGUGGUUGGGUUCUGUUAUGGGAAGCCAAAUGGGAAGCUGGACGGGUGGAAGGAUUGCGCUUAUGGCGUAUGACGUCGGGAUUGGCUUGCAAUAUUUGCUUCACAGAAUGCCUUUCCUCUCUUGAAUAGCAUUCU